AUGGCCAAACACCUUAGGAGGUCGAUGAAGCCUAAUUUUUGUGUGAAUUCAUUAUUUGCAUGCACAAUGCAUCAAUUAGAGACCUCUGUACCACAUAAACACCAACUUGGAUUUACGGAGGGCACAGUUGAGAAGCGGUUCCAGGCUCAGGUGGGAGUCAAUUCGGUUACUAUGCCUCAUUCCGACCUGGCACCCCAGUUUUCAAUCGACAUGCCCGUCGCUUUGUGUUUUAUUCCCAGCCUCUCCCACAUAUGCUCGCAGGUCUGGCCACCUGCUCCAGGCUCUCUUCACAUACCAACUGCGAUUUGGCUGAAAAACUGA